AUGCCCUUCAUAAUGUUGGUUUGGAUUCUUCUGGCACUGACUCAUGCUUGGACCACUCUGACAAUGAUGAGACCUCUGAUCUUGAGGAGCUUUGAGAAUGGUGUAGAAUCAUGCAGUGAACCACCUCUGGAUGCUAGUGCUCCCCAGCUAUGCAGUGCACUUGGUGCCACUCAGCUGGCAUACUUGAAGCUUCACAUUCAGAUGAAGAAGCUACAAAUUGACUACAACAGUCUACUCUCCACCCUCCUGCAGAGCUGCAAGAAAGCUGUUGAGAACAAUCUGAACACUGUAUUGGACAACAACAUCAUCACCCAGGCAAAAAAGUAUUGUUUCUUCUAUCAUUUCUGGGUCCCUAAAGAUGUUUUCCCACUCAUCACUCUGCUGCCUGGAUAUGAUCUGACUGAAUCAAAAAUUGCAGGCUUUAAAGCAGAACUCUAUUUCAUGCUACCCAGUGACCUCAAGGUCCAUGCAACAACAUAUGGUAACUUUGGCCAUGUGUUUUCAAAUGCAGUUGGGGCUGAGAGGCCCAACAUCCUCAAACCUGUUAAGGAUAACAUGCAGCAACUCUUUGCACACUUGGAACUUAGUGCUGACUUAUUCACAAAUGAGAAUUCAAGAGCUCUGCAUGGAUCAAACGAGGCUGUGAGAGUGCUGCUGAAGAUGCACCCAGGGAACAUGGAUGCUCACUCCCUCUCUCACCAAUCCUCUUGCCCAAACCAGACACCCCAGUGGCCAGGGAUUUAUUCAAAACCCCACUCCUGGUUAAUGGACAAGGUCAGAAGUUGGGGAUCAGCUGGCCUGAUCGCCAUUGCUGCUACCUUUGCACAGUACUUAUUAUUGAGUGAUCAUGAGCUUAUGACCAUUGGUGAAGAAAGUGGAUUCAAGUAUCAGGACAACUUUGAGUAUUUUAUCGAGCUAUUGAGUCACCCAUCAAAACAGGAGUGGUCAUUGGAAGUGAUGGAGUUUUUCAAUCAGGGCAUAUGGAACACCUUGAGUAUUGCCUCUGCUAGUGCAGCAUUAGGCUCAUCCAAUGACACCUCAGUAGCUUCCACAUGGGAGUCCAACAUCUUGGUGCAGUUGAAUGGCCCCUGGCAGCUGACACCUCCUCCUGACCUACACUUUGAUGGACUCAACUCAACCUCUAUUUCAUGUCACAUGCCAGAAGCAACCCACAGACAUGCCACAGACUCAGUCAUCAUUUCUCAGGCAAACUCAGUCUCCUUGGCACUUUCAGUUGACAUAUCAAAUCUUUUACUCAGAGGCAGUCAUACAUCAGCUCUACCAUCCAUAUCUAGUCAUGGAAAGGAGUUAUCUGCCAGAAGAAGUCAUUCUGGCUUGAGGAUGGCUGAAGUUUCAGCAGCUGCACCAGUGAAUGCCUGGGAACCACCUGCAAAGGAACAUUGUGUCAUGUGGCACAAGGGAAAGGGUAAGUAG